AUGGAUUACCUUGGAAAAAAAUCCGGAAAUAAAAAUACUGAACCAGAGAUUAAUCCUCAAAAACCGAUAAAAAAAACUUCGGUAGAACAAGUUAAACCAAAAGUUGUACACCAGAACAAAAAUGUAAAUGAUAUUCAAACAAAUAAAAAGCCACAGGCAAAAGUUUCAGCUUCGAAUAUUAUUACGGAUUUUAAUAAAUUUGAAUUUGACUCUGGAUUAAGAAAAUUAGGUGGUAGAGCAGCAAACGUUCAGUCCGAUAUUUCUCCUAGAAACGUAAAAUCAAAUUCAAACACUGAAAAAACUGUUAAAUCCGAUUUUGUAAGUGGACCAACCGCUAAUCCUUCAAGGAUUAAAUCUACCCAAAUGAUGCCGGUUGAAGAACCAAACUAUAAUCGUUCAGAUAUUUGUUCGGAUGUUUCCUGGGGAAAUCAAAGUUUUCAACCAAAUUAUGCUACCCGUUUUAAUAAUUUACCUCAUAAAAAUGAAUGGGGCACAAAAUCACCGGACUCUCGUUCCGAAAUUAUGUAUAAUGGAAAAGAUAAAUUAGUUUCUUCUAGGCAUAAUAAUGUGGCUAGAAAUCCAAGAUUUAAUCCAAAUUUUCCUUCCGGGACUCCAAAAACCAUGUCAGAUGUAACUUAUCAACCUAAAGAAUUAAGAACCCAUUACAAUGAUCCUGAAAGUUUUUCUUACGGUGGAAAUUCUCAUCAACGUAAACCAACUGUUUCAGCAACUGCUCGUAUUCCUUAUUCAAUUGAUGAAAACGAACACAACCCCACUUAUGUUAGAGAUACAAAUGUACAACAUAAGCCAAAAGUAGUUGUUGGACCACAAAAGAGAGUUGUACUCUCUCAUUUUGACGAAGAAGAAGAGGACCAAGUAGAAUCCGAUGAUAACGAUACGGUACAAAAUGCGGAAGAAGAAGUUGAUGAAGAGAUUGAUGAAUUAAUUAAUAUGACUGAGGAUGAAAGCAUUCAAAGAAAGCUGCUUGAACUUCAUUAUUCUAAUCUAGAACUUCUCAACAUAAACAAAUCGCUUGAGGAAAAUAUCAACGAACAAUCAAUUGAAAUUGAAAGUUUUCCCUCCUUUGAUUCAUUGUUAAAAUCUCAGAAAGAACAAGUUGAACAUAUUACUAGCCUUGAAAAUAUAAUAAAAGAUUUAAUUUCUAAACUAUCAGAUCAAGAAACUCAAAUCAAAAAAAUUAAAGAUGAAAAUAAUGAAAGUGACGAAAAUAAAAAGACAAGGGUUGCAUUAUUUUACGACCCAAGAAAUCUUCCAUUUAAUAAUUUACCAAGAAUUAUAUUUGAUAGAGCGAACUCUGUGUUGAGAUUAAAUUUCAUUGGAACGAGAUUUAAUGGCGAAGUUACUCAAAUUAAUAUCGAACAACUUUUCACACAUCCACCGGAUUAUUCAGACGUUGAAGUUAUCCUUAGUAGAGAUUAUGAUAAUAGAGUGAUUUGUUGUUUAAAUUUAUUAUGA